ACUCUGGUGAUUUAGAACAAGAUGAUGACCGGGACGAGACGGGUAGUCUGGCUGACUCAGAGGCUAGCAGCACUUGCUCCCGUUUACCUCUGGCUUCUAUUUUCGUCGAGGCAGGCAGAAAUAAAAUGUCCCAGGCAAAGGUAGAAGAAUGUCACCGGGCAGUUACCAAAUUUGUUGUUAAGGGUUUGCACCCAUUUUCUACAGUAGACGCCCCUGAAUUUCGGGAGAUGACAAAGGUUCUCAAUCCAAAAUACAAAGCCCCCAGCAGGGAAAGCUUAACCAACCACUUAAUCCCUGCUUGGUAUGGUGUGGAAAAGGGAAAUGUGAUCUCUGAACUGAAAACAGUGUCAAAGGCAGCUAUCACGGCUGAUGGGUGGACAAGCUUUUGUCAGGAUCAUUAUCUCACGGUUACUCUGCACUACGUGAGCAAUGGCCAGGUAAAGGAAAAGGUCCUAAAAACCAAAGCCGUGUACCAAUCUCAGACAGGCUCAGCUGUAGCAGAGGAGAUUGAUUACAUUUUAGAAGAAUAUGGUGUACGGGAAAAGGUUGUGGCAGCAACUGUAGACAAUGCAGCGAACAUGGAUGUAGCCAUCAAACAGCUGCAAAUUGUCAAAUUUCCAUGCUUCGCUCAUACGCUGAACCUGGGAGCGCAAAAGCUGUACAACUGCACUGCCAUAUCCAAUUGGGCAGCACGAGUUCGAGCAGUUGUUGUCUGGAUGAAGAGGUCACACAUGGCAAAAGUUGUUCUUAAAGAGAAACAAGACUUGCUCAAGCUGCCCAAGCACAUGCUCCUCCUGGAUGUAAGGACCAGAUGGAAUUCCCUCUAUUUGAUGAUGGAGAGAUUCACCGAGCAGUUCCCUGCUAUCCAGGCUGCAGCCAUAGAUCCACGCAUAAGAAGACCCAUGGAGAAGGAAAGGUUGGACAGAAUAGGCAACGAGGACUUAAGGAAAGCAGAGGAGUUUGUGCAUCUCAUGCGGAAGCAUUACACCUCCACACUGGCCGUCUCCAGCGACAAAAGUGCAACCUGCGGUGAGAUUUUGCCCAUCUUGCAGAAGCUGGAGCAACAGUACACUGUGCAGGAAGGUGACUCUGCGUUCACAAGGAGCAUCAAGGAGAACAUUUGGAAGGAUCUCUCCAAACGCUACCAGGGAACUGACAUUCAGAGAUUCCUGGAGGAAGCCACCAUCUUGGACCCCAGAUUUAAAUACAAAGUGAAAAGUGAUGCAGUCUGCGACAGGAUCAGGGAAGCUGCAAUAACAGCAAAUACAGUGGCAGCAAGAGAUGAGCUCCCAGGGGAAGGAGAGACACAGAGGGAAGGCUGCGAAGAUGGGGAGGAGGAAGAAGUAGAGGAACACUAUGCACUGCCACCACCAUCAAAAAAGACAGCCUUGGAAGAACUAUUCGAGGAGGAGGACAACGAGCUGCAGUCAAUCCGUGAAUCACAGCCCCGUCUUUCCCUGGCUCAGAAGGUGGAUCAGGAAAUCCAGUUCUACAAAAGCCUGCCCUCCAUCCCCUGCAGGGAUAGCGCCGCACUGUGGUGGUGGAACAAGCAGGAUACGCUGCCCUUGCUAUCUGGACUGGCUGAAAACUACCUCUGUGUGCAAGCUUCCUCCACCCCAUCUGAGAGGGUGUUCUCCACGGCUGGAGACACCAUAAGCCCCGAAAGAUCCCGUAUCCUUCCAGAAAAAGCAGAUAUGCUCAUAUUUCUGAAAAAGAACUGUUAAUUUUCCCUACUACUACUUGAGUGCACACACACACACACACACUCACACUCACACUCACACUCACACACACACACACACACACACACACACACACACACACACACACACACAGUGCUUGUGAUUACAUUGUUCUUGUAAUUACAUGAUUCAGUAUUUGUUAUUUGUUGUUAUUUGUUACAUUUUCUUGUACAGAAAAGCAGAUAUGUUCAUCUGCAAAAGAACUGUUAAUUUUUUUUACACACACACACACACACACACACACACUACUUGAGUGCGCGCACACACACACACACACACACACACACACACACACACACACACUUGUUAUUAGAGAUUAAUAAGUAACUGUCACAAUAGAAUAUUUUUCAUUAAAACAAAGAUAAAUGUUACAUCAAACUGUUUAUUCUCCUUUUUCCCCCAAAUUGGAAUCGAUAAGAGAAUCGAUAAGGAAUUGAAUCGUUUCACAGAAUCGAUAAGGGAAUCGGAAUCGUAAAAAUCUUAUCAAUUCCCAUCCCUAGU